AUGGUCUUCGAGGGCGAAUAUGGCCCGCUGCUCACGUCAUCACAGGUUGAUUUGGAGACUUGUGAGGAGAUCGGCACUAAUGUAGUAACAUAUGUUUGGUAUCGGUUGCUCCAAAUCGUAUGGGUCAUUGUGGCCGCUGUGUCUACACUGAAUAUAUCACGCGUUUACUUCACUUACAUCAAAUCAUCCAAACUACAUGUGAAUAUUCAAGUUUUGUCUGCAAUCUUGGUAGAAUAUUUGCUAUACUAUGGAGCUUCCUUCGAUGAGUUACAUAUAUCCACAACCCAUACCGCUUAUGAAGUGACUGGUAGAAUUAACAUCAUUCUUCUAUUCAACAUCUGCUCAAGUGCAUUCACUAUGGCAACAAUGAUUGGUCUUCUCUUAAUGAACAUAAGAAGAAAAAGAUUUGCAAUUGGGGUCAUAUCGCAUCGCUUUCAAGCAGAAGAGAACAUUGUCACGACAAAUUUCAUCGCCCGAAUCGCGUUUGUUCAGUUGAUAGCUUUCUGUGUGCAGUCUCUAUGCGGGCUUUUGCUUAGAAUAUAUGGAAGUUAUAUUUAUGAUGUAAACAAUAGACCCAUUGGGAAUUCUCUAAGGCUGCUACUGCAGGUAAUGCCUCUUUUUACGCUGAUUAUGAGCAUAGUUGUAGCAACGACAAUGCGGAGCAUAGCUGAAAAGCGGCGGAGUAAACUACAUAAUCUAAUGUGCACUACUAAUGAUAUCGAAUACAAUGUGAAAUUCCUGCAAGAUCAAUGGAGCAGAAUAGAACCGAAAAGCAAGAAUUACCUCAAAUAG